CACAAACAAGCCUUACACCUCUUCCGACCGGCUCAAGCUAGGCCUCAAUCCUGAUCCAUUGCCUUUGGGGCAUUAAACUUCAACUUACCUAGCAGUCUUACACCUGGAUUUACACCGUCGUCAGCAGGCAGGGAGCCCGACCCCGGCAUGGCGGCCGAACCGAGAGAGGAGGAGAUCGCGAACUUCGUGAACUUUACCAGCUCGUCGCGCGAACAAGCUAUAAGCUUCUUGAAAGCUAAUAACUUCAACUCAAAUCAAGCGAUCAACGCCUAUUUCGAAGACCCGACCGGCCCUCUGACGCAGGCAAAUCAGUAUCAAAAUGAGCCCGAUAUGUCUGCCUUCCAGAUCGAGCAUGUCGACUCACCGUAUAGCCCUUCUGCUGGGCCUCCAUCCCGUCCUCCUCCAUCCCGACCACCCUCUACUUUAAACCUCAGAUCAUCCACUGAUCCUGCCUCAACACAGAACAACACCGCCGACAAUGGCAAAGGUUUAACUCUGGCCGAGCAGGAAGAACGUGAGCUCCAACAAGCAGUCGCCAUGUCUUUGAGUCAGAACCUCGGGCAGCAGGAGACAGGUGUCACAAGGACAGGAAAUACAAGCUUCAGCCGAGCGACCCGUGAUCAUUACGACGAAGGCGCAUGGGCAAUGACGCUAUUCAACUCCAGCGCUCACGAGAUUAUCAUCAGUCCUGACCCCACUGAUCGUAAAAGACGAGAAGAUGAACCGGCGUUCAUUCGCCCGUCUCAGGAGAGCACGCACCUGGGUGGAUUGGUGACGAUACUUCACUCGAUUCCCCUCGCAAGGGAGGCCAUUCUGCUGCGCAAUCGCGCUCUCCCCAACUACGGCCACGAUUCUCAAUGGUGGAAUGGACAGCCAAUCAAUCUUCCCAAAAUAGUGACUAUGUCCGAAGCCCAUGAAGGUGAUACUGAUUGGGACGAUAUUAUCUACGAGGCUCAGAGGCUCGUGGCAUUCUUGGAUACUACAACGCGUGCUUUUGGCAGUCCUGAUGCUCUGGCAAGUCUACAAUGUAUUUCCCAGCACGACCGCGAUAGUGCUGUUUCUAGGUUUUUGGAAGCAUGGCAAGAAGCGGCGGUCCGCGCGGACCCAGGGAACCAGCUGGGGACAAUAUUCUCCACAACUGGCUACAAUGGGCCAGCAGAAGACAUGAUGGAACAGAAGGAGUUUCACUUACUUGAACCCUUGGUUGAGCACGAUCCUGGUCAAACACUCUACGAUGUUCUUGAUCGUGCUUUUUGGUGCGACAGACCAGACCAGCCGCUCGAAGAAGUUUGGCUUGAAACUCUUGCCCAAGUACUUGUCAUGAAGCUGGAAAGCUCACAGAAGCCCAUUGAUGUGAUCGUCCCCCCCGUAUUUUAUGCCGACCGGUACAUGGCGAACAGCAGAGAUGUCGCCCGCGAGUUCCGUACACGGCGACUUCAAGCUUACGAGAAGAUUGACAAGUUAGGCAAGGCCAUCAAGCGCUGCUCACAGUCCAACUUAACAGCCCAGACAGGAAUGACCUCCAGGGAUGUUCUCGAGAAGGCUGCCUCUGUCAUAACUUCCAAGUUUGCUGAUUCAGCACCAAGUGACAUGGACAUCGAAAACGUAGCAAAAGAAUUGAGGGCGGUUUCGGCCAGGAUAGAGAAGCAGCUUAGAGGCUUGGAGGACAAAAAGCAAAGAAUCAAAGACAGUCUGCGAGACUAUUCCAGAUUCCUUACGGAUGCUACACCUGAUGCCGAGCCACAUCAUAGAUACACUCUGCGAGGUGUUUGCACUGAGCCUCAUGUGACCUACGUCCUCAAACGUCGUGACCAGCGCGUGCCACAAAAUAAUGAGCCCCCAACGACGGAAGAGUAUCAGUGGUGGCGCUUCAGUUUCUCAACGGAAGAUGCAGCCAUUCGCAAAGCCGAGUCGCAGGGCCGAGUUAAAUGUGACUCUGACCAAACGGACAUCAUCGGCUACACUGCGCGCAGGGUUGAUGAGGCCGAGGUGCUUCGCGCAGCCCGCGAAGAGUCAAGCCAGGUUCUGCUUGUCUAUGCCAACACCAAUGCAAUUAGAAUGCAGGAAGAAACCGCUCCUGUUCAGCUGCAGAAAUUUGUAGCGAGGGACAACGAAACAUUCGAGUCAGAGCUCCAGGACGCGGAGGUGGCACACAAUCCACCGGACACGCAACAUCAGUCAUCUGGUACUCUUCCAUCACCGAACCCAGAGCAGCAGCAAUCCAUGCAGAAUGUGAACGUCUUUGACUAUCAGGUACCCUCUUUCAGCGAGACACAGGGGCAGGGCCAAGAGAUGCAAGAGGUAAAUGGGCGACCUUUGCUUAGCCGUAGCAGCACAGCUGGUCCUGUGCAACCUACCUUAGAUGCCGAUAUGUGGGACGCGGUUGACGACAAAGCGACGUGAAAAUGAAGAACCACAACCUUGUACUUAUGGAUAUACAUAUGGCAUGCCAUGCUUCGAACGACUGAAGUGUGUUAAAG